UUCACCAUUACUCGCUAGCUGUGGCCCGUAGGUGCCGCCGACCUUCAUCUCUGAUUCCCGUUCGCUCGCUCGCCAUGGUAACGCCGUAUGGAAAUAAGCUCGCAGUUUAUCUCAUCUCCACUUACUUCGGCGAUCUCGUAGCUAAAGUUUGCGAGUGCCUUCUCCGAAGUGGAAGUUUAACUUUUGCAAACAUACUGCGAUCUACUAAGCUCAACAAAUUGCAAGUGAAAAACUCUCUUCUUGUGUUAAUUCAGCACAAUUGCGUUCAGGGUUAUGUUAUUCAACUAGAAGGGGGGUUUGGAGAAGCACCAAGGAUAUUAACACAAUACAUGGCAUUGUUUGACAAUAUAAUCCACCAUUUAAGAUUCCCAAAGUUUUUGGCAAUUGUAUCUGAUGAUCUGGGUAAAGAAUGUAGUGAUAUUUUAGAAGGUUUGCUUCAACAUGGUAGAUUGUCAGAGGAUCAAAUUUUGGAUAGAUAUAUGGAUACAUCAAAUCAAAGUGAAGCUCAGGACACCAUAAAAAAUAACUUCAGAAGACUUGUGGGUGCCAGAUAUGUGGAACGGUGCCCAAAGCCAGAACCAUUUCUUGCGCCUCCAUCUGAAGAAGAAGUUGCUGCCACGAAGAAACGACGUGUUGCUAAGGCUUCCAGUGUAUUCCAAGAGCCAGAGACACUUGAACAACGUGUUCUAGCAGCAGCAGCUCCUAUGGAGUCACUUAGAUUUUUACUUGAAUCAUUUGUCAAUGAUGACAAUUGCAUGGUAGAUGGUGAAAGAAAGGAAAACAAUUUGAUGGAUGGAGAUGAGGGUAGGCAGAAUGAUCAAGAAUUGGACAUGACUACUCAAGCUCAAAAGGAGAAGAAAGUUCUUUGGCGUGUUAAUUUUGAAGAAUUUGUAAGACGACUUAGGCAUAAGGCUUGUGUUGCAAAUGUGAAAGGAAGACUUGAUGAAGGAACUGCCACUGUUCUAUCUUCGAUUCUGAAAGCAACUAGAAGUGCCGAGACUAAAGUUAAAAUGGGGAGUUCAGUCCCUCUAUCCAUGGACUCUAUGCUUGAGGAAGUGAUUAAAACGGAAGAAGGUCGCAGUAUGAACGUGGAUCGCGUCAGGGCUGCUCUAGUCCAGUUAGGUUGUCAAGUGCCCAUGAUAGAGUUAGAUGAGACAUUCAGCAUUGACUUAGGUGCGAUUAUUGAAUUGGCACAAGUUGAGGAGGUGGAAUCAAUUGUAUUGAAAAGAUAUGGAAGGGAGGCUUAUAGGAUGUUCAGGUUGUUGUCAAAGGCUAGCCGUCCAAUGGAAACUGAGAAGAUUGCUGACUCUACAUUUGUUGACAAGUCUGAGACAGCCAAGAUCUUACUCACUCUCUGGAAAGACGAUUACUUGCAAAUGGAGACACUAACUGCAAAUUCAGGGAGAGAAACUACGUACAUGGUAUGGAAAGUGAAUAAAGGUCUCCUAUGGAACCAUGUUUUGGAUGAGAUGUACCAUGCUGCCUUAAAUUUAAGACUACGACUUGUGCAUGAAAUAGAGCAAGAGAAAGAGAUUAUUCUAGCGCCCAAAGGAAUUAAAUUCGAGAAAAGAGUUGAGCGGCUGAAGAAAGUAAGAAAUGUUCUCGAAUCCUCCCUAAUGAAGCUUGUCGACGCAACCAUGCUUUUCCACGACUUCUAGAUGCCUAAUUUGGCCAUCCUGGGUCUAUUUUUGAAGUCUAUUAAGGAUAGAAACACUUGAGAGUAUUAACUUUAUUCAAUGUAUAGUUAGUUUCAUGAGAUGAACUUCCAACAGACAUUACACUGUUAAUUUGGCUAAUGUUAGAUUGAUAGACAGGCCUAUGGUCACUACUACCUUGACUGAUGGUGAUCAUUCAUAUAAAAAUAUCUUAUAUAACUAAUGAUUUGUGUGGAUGUGAUGUGCCUAAAUGUUAUGAGUUUUGAUCACACUUUUGCUUUUUGGAUUUUAUUGGAGACAAGAUGGUGGGGGCAUGGGAGAUGGGCUUGAAUUUUGUUUAUGUUGACAUUUACUUUCUUGUA